UUAGGAGCGUAAGUGUGGCUUAGCACUUAGAAUUUCAAUUGUAAUUAUUUUUCAUUAUAAACUUGCAAUUCAGGCUCAUGGUUGCUCUGAUACCUUCUAACCUGUCUGUGUAUGGGUAGUUGUAUGGAUUUCUUUUUUGUCUUUCUGAUGGUAACAAAAAUAUUUAUAUCCUUUUCCUCUUCCCUCUUCCUCUGCAACCUGUUGGUAUCUGCUCUGGGAUACAUUUCCUGUCUAUGUUCAUGCUUCACUUGAAUGUUACUGUUUUAGUACUCCUUAUCUCCUUGUCCCCCUGUUCCCCAUGACAGAGGUGAGUCUCUUACUUGCUCCUAACCGGGGUAAAUGUGAAGCCUGCUGCUCACAGAAGACCCUGUAAUGGGGACUUUUCAGCAUGCAGAGUUCUCCCACCUUCACCCCUCACUUCGUUGCUGUUUCAUGCCUCCCAACUUGAAGAUCACUAUACCACCUGACACCCUUUUAUCAGUUUUUCCUGCUUCCCACUCCUUUGUGUGUCUUUGAGCACAUCAGGAUGGCAUUGUGAAGGGAGGGGUUAGGAUGUAGUCAGUGAAGUAAGUUGAUGAUGUCUUUCCCUUUCAUUCUGUUUAUGCAGGGGCUGUUUGAUGGGUUAGGAAGACAGAGCUUUGCUUUCUUACGGGGAGAUGAAUGAGGGCACGGAUCUUUCUGGUUUCCUUUUCUGUUUUUGGUUUGCCAAUCAAAGUAACUCAGGUGAAGUUGAACAGUUUGUCCAGAUCGUGAUACACACAGGUCCUAUGCAGUAAUUUUCAAUUCGUAUUGUUUGCAAGAGAGCUGGGUAGUGCAGUGCUGUUGAGGUAUUUUGCUUCCAUCUUCACUUGGAAAUCAAAACCAAAAGCACUGCUCAUUCUGUAUGACUUUAUUGGGAUGUUUUGCUCUGUGAAGUUGCCAAGUUGAUAGGCUGUGGGGAGUGUACUUCUCACUUAGCAGUGGAAGAUGAAAUACAGGGGACUGUUUUAAGCUGAAUUCGAUGGAACUGUUCCUAAAAUUGAACUUCUGCCCUUUUGGCAAAUAUGAGAAGGACUACAAUUGUGUCUUUUUUCUUUUUUUUUCUGUCCACCUUCUCACAACCCUAAGCAAGAGCUACACUUGGGCAGUGAGUAGAAGCAUUAUUUGAAGCUGGCGAAUGCAAUUGUCCUUGCUGCAUGGCACAAAAAUUGCUGAGACUACGUUGAAAGUUGGAUGAGGGAGGUUCUCAGCUGGAAGGCUUUAGUACAAUGAGAAGGCUGCAUCUGUCAAGGGGGAAUGUCAGCAUGGCUGUCCUGGGACAGGAGGACUGAAACAGCAGAAGCACCACAAUUAUUUGGGGAGGCUGCUUUUGACUACUGAUUAAAAUCUGCUGUGCAGCUGCGGUGGAAGAACAGGACAGUCUCCCUUGCUUGGUCUGUGGUAUCCAGUGUGACCAAGUGGGGUCACCAUGAACGUGACAAGUUUAUUUUCCUUCACCAGCCCAGCGGUGAAGAGGCUGUUGGGGUGGAAGCAGGGAGAUGAAGAAGAAAAAUGGGCAGAGAAGGCUGUUGAUGCACUAGUGAAAAAACUGAAGAAGAAAAAAGGUGCUAUGGAGGAGCUGGAGAAAGCGUUAAGCUGUCCUGGUCAGCCCAGCAACUGUGUCACAAUUCCUCGGUCCUUGGAUGGCCGGCUUCAGGUUUCACACCGGAAAGGGCUGCCACAUGUAAUUUACUGCAGAGUGUGGCGCUGGCCAGACCUGCAAAGCCAUCAUGAACUGAAACCACUGGAAUGCUGCGAGUUUCCUUUUGGUUCAAAACAGAAGGAGGUUUGCAUCAAUCCUUACCACUACAAGCGGGUAGAAAGUCCUGUUCUACCUCCAGUGCUGGUUCCAAGGCACAGUGAGUACAACCCUCAGCACAGCCUCUUGGCUCAGUUCCGCAACUUGGGACAAAAUGAGCCCCACAUGCCACACAAUGCUACUUUCCCGGACUCUUUUCAGCAGCCCAACAGUCACCCGUUUCCCCAUUCGCCAAACAGCAGCUAUCCAAACUCGCCUGGAAGCAGCAGUAGCACCUACCCACAUUCUCCAGCCAGCUCAGACCCAGGAAGCCCUUUUCAGAUGCCAGCUGAUACUCCUCCUCCUGCUUACCUGCCUCCGGAAGAUCAGAUGACACACGAUACCUCCCAGCCAAUGGAUACCAACAUGAUGGCACCUGGAAUCCACCCUGACAUACACAGAGGAGAUGUUCAGGCUGUUGCUUAUGAAGAGCCGAAGCACUGGUGCUCCAUUGUUUAUUAUGAGCUGAAUAAUCGUGUUGGGGAGGCCUUCCACGCCUCUUCCACCAGCAUCCUGGUGGAUGGCUUCACUGAUCCUUCAAACAACAAAAACAGAUUUUGCCUGGGGCUGCUCUCCAAUGUUAACCGCAAUUCCACCAUUGAGAAUACCAGGAGGCACAUUGGAAAAGGUGUUCAUCUCUAUUAUGUUGGUGGAGAAGUGUAUGCUGAAUGCCUCAGUGACAGCAGUAUUUUUGUGCAGAGUCGAAACUGCAACUACCACCACGGUUUCCAUCCAACCACGGUGUGCAAAAUUCCCAGUGGCUGCAGUUUGAAGAUUUUCAAUAAUCAGGAGUUUGCUCAGCUUUUAGCACAGUCAGUGAACCAUGGCUUUGAGACAGUGUAUGAGCUUACUAAGAUGUGCACUCUCCGCAUGAGUUUUGUAAAGGGUUGGGGAGCUGAAUAUCAUCGGCAAGAUGUAACAAGCACUCCAUGCUGGAUAGAGAUACACCUUCAUGGUCCUCUUCAGUGGCUGGAUAAAGUACUUACUCAGAUGGGCUCUCCUCAUAAUCCUAUUUCUUCAGUGUCUUAAGGUCCCAAGCUCCUGCAUUUUGGAAACAAUUGAGCCUUGCAUGUACUUGAAGGACAUAUGAGUCAGACACACACUUUUUUCUUUUUUUCUCCCCCUGAACUGGUAACAGCUGAAUAAGAGCCACGAAAAUAAUUUACUUCUGCGACCAACUGUUGGAUUUGGGAAAAAAAAAACCAACAAAACAAAGAAAAACAGAAAACAAGCCCUUUGACGUAAGACUGUUGGUAUCAAGUAUUUUAGUUUACAUAGUAAUGUUCUAUUGCAAAGUUGAUUUACAGGCCUUAUCAUAAAGGAGGCUACUGAGCCAAAACAACAAUCUGUUGGACCGAGUUCACGAAGGAGUUUCCUGUAGUUGGCAUUCUGAGAUUCUCUUCCUUCUUGACAUCCAGCACUCGCUUCUUUUUUCUCCUCGUUGUCCUUUUGGGCUAAGAACUAAUGCUGGUGAAACCUGCUUUUAACAGGCUUUCUGCAGUGUGUUUUAAAAUCAUUUGUUUAAACUGAUGGUUAUUCUUCUCUUAAUAAGGAAAAAAAAACAAACAACAAUGACCCAAACACCUAUCAUAUAGUUUUAAUAUCAAUAACUUGUAAUAAUGUUGGAAAUUGUGUCCUGACCAUACUGCUGUAAGAAUGUUAGGUAUGUUUUUUGGUAAAUGUAUGUAUGGUGUUUAUGAAAGUUUAGAAAACCUUUAGACAUAGACCCAUAAAGGAAUUAGGAGUAUUUGAAUGGGGGGAAGAGGGAGCGGGAAGAGAAGAUGACAACUGAAAUGUAGAAUAUAUUGUAAACAUAGGUUGUUAGUUUAAACUGAGGUCUGAGUUUUGCUGUGCAUUUCAUUUUUAUAGUGGCUUCACCUUGUUAAUUCUUAAUUUUUUUUGCCUCUUCCUUUUUCUCCCAGAGCAAUUACGCAGCUGGUUAAUUCUUUUACCUGUGAAGAGGACGAAAUGAUUAAUUCCUGCAGUUCGAAGGCUGCAGCUCUAUGUAUUUCAAGAAAAAGUUGUACAGUGUGCUCUUUAACUAUUGAGCAGUUUUUUACAGUGUAUGUAACAGAAAUAGGCUUUUUAAUUUUGUAAGAGAAUCUUGUUUUGCCAAAUCUAGAAACUGUUAAUUGUUUGGAGGGCUUCAAAAUCCCCAUGUGGGUCUGUUUCAAACUUUAAAAAAUAUAUAUAUUUUAAAUUUUUUUUACUGCUUGGUUUAUUUUCUUCUCUUUGAUCUUUUAUAUUUGUGUAAGCUGUAGUACUUUAAGUACCUUUAUUCCAAACUUAGUGGGUCCUCUUUACUGGAAGUUUUGAAUAAAACCUGUUGUUACUGCUUACAUUUGAUUAAAA